ACAGUUGCGCGGCUUCCAAUCUAAGGGCAAGCACGCGCUUGUUCGCUACCGCGCUCCAAACCACGUGCGACGCGAACUUCACCGAUACACACGCCACCUGGCGGCCACGUGGAUUUUAAGGGUGUUCUCCUGCGACGACAUCUCCCGGGAUAUCCAAUAGGCAAUCCAUAGCCAUUGUUUUUUUUUUGUUUUUAAAUUGACUUGAUUUUGUUUUUCAAUGAUGAAAAGAUUUUUAUGAGUUAAUUUUAUUCUUUUUUGUGCGGUGAAUUAAGAAAGGGAAAGCAAAGAGGAAUUAUGCGAUUUAGGGAUUUGGGGAUUUAAAAUUUCAAAGGGACGAUUUAAGAGCUAAAAGAAGAUAUGAAUCUUAGGUAUCAACAAGUUUGUCUUAUCCUGCUUGGAGUUUACAUGGGGAUUUCCCGCGGUAAUGACUGGGAUCUUCCACCAUCAUUCAGAGUCGAAAUUGAUCGAGAAGUUCAAGAAUACGACUUGUUAACAGCUGUGAAGAUUCCAUUCGUCGAUUCAAAAACUCAAUAUGUAGACACAGAAGGUUCAGACGGUUUUCCAGCGUUCGGUUUCCGAACUGGGACAGACGUGAAAAUUCCCCGUAGAUCGAUUCUUCCGGACAAACUCUUCCCGGAGUUUUCCAUCUUGAUUCGGGCGAAACCGAAGUCACCAAACGGCGGUUACAUUUUCGCUGUUGUCAACUCGUUGGAUACGAUUGUCCAUUUGGGUGUUCGUUUAAAGGUUGAAGGACCUUUAACCACUUUAUCUCUAGUUUACACGGAACCUAACCAAAUGACCACCAAUUUCAUGGCUAAUUUUACCGUUCCAACGUUCAUUAACAAUUGGGCGAGAAUUGGGUUUAAAGUAAAAACAGAUAAUGUUACUUUGUACUUAAAUUGUCAAGAACAUAGUAGUUAUGAAUAUAGAAGACUCUCCAAUCAAUUAGAAUUUGAUUCGGCUUCGACUUUAUAUAUUGCACAAGCUGGGCCAAAAAUCCUUCAAUAUUAUGAGGGCGUUUUAGACCAAUUGAAGAUAUUCCGUGAACCUGAAAUGGCAAGUCAACAGUGUUCCAGUUUCAAGGGGUUCCCCGAUGAUAACGAAAACGAAAUUGAUGAUAGCACAGGAAUGAAUUUUAAUAAUAUUCUGGAUAAUACUUUUUAUCCAGACGCUGAAAGCGGUGCAUAUGACGUGACCACGCUAAGAGCAGGAAACGGGGAAAGUCCAUUUCCAUUUCCACCACCUCCACCUUCUCCAGAUGGUAAGAAUUGCAUGUGUGCAGAAACGAACUGUUGUAACCAGAUUUUUGACAAUAACGCUAAAGAGGAUAGUGGAUAUAAAGGAGAAAAGGGAGAUCCGGGACCUAGAGGUCCACCUGGUGAAUCAAUAAGAGGUCCACCGGGACCACCGGGACCAAUUGGACCACCUGGAUUACCAGGAGAAUCUGCAAUAGCAUCAGAGGGGUCUUGUUCGUGUAAUAUGUCGUCUAUCAUGAGUUCAUUCGUCCUACCGAAAAUGUUACCAGGAUCUCCAGGCGUCCCUGGGGCUGAAGGAAAAACGGGUCCGCCAGGAAUGACAGGACAACCGGGUAUCCCUGGGGAAAGAGGAUAUCAUGGACCGCAAGGUGACAAAGGCGAUCGAGGGGAACGAGGGCCGACUGGACCUACAGGACUUCAAGGACCUAAAGGAGAACCGGGUAGAGAUGGAAUUCCGGGACAAACGGGGCCACCGGGCCCUCCAGGACCUCCAGGACCAGUAGAAUUCGAAAACUUCGAUCCAAGUUGGAAACCAAGAAAUCCAUUUAAGGAUGGUGUAUUAGGAGCUGGAACUGUUCGUCCUGGAGUACCAGGUAACAAAGGGGAGCCCGGAGCGCAAGGACCACCCGGACUUCGCGGUGAAAGAGGACAUACAGGUUCAAAAGGUGACCGCGGCGAUUCCGGUUCGAAAGGCGAACGCGGUGAUAGAGGAUUCCCCGGCGAGCGAGGUCCGCAAGGUUCAAAAGGCGAGCCGGGAAGUCCCGGUAUAGACGGGAUUCCGGGAACGCCGGGUGCCAACGGUAAGAACGCCGAGAAGGGGGAGAAAGGAGACCCCGGAAAACCCGGCAGUCAGGGGCCCCCAGGUCCGCCAGGAAUUCCCAUUGAAAUCACUGGCGAAAAAGAGACACCCCGAGCAAUUGUUGGUCCGCCUGGAUUAAAAGGAGACGUCGGAGAGUCGGGUGCUAAAGGGGAACGUGGUGAAAGUGGAAAAGAUGGUCUACCAGGUGUACAUGGAAAUCCUGGAACUAAAGGGCCGUCAGGGGAAAAGGGGGAACCUGGAAAUGAUGGUGCUACAGGUCCGUUGGGACCACCAGGACAGAAGGGAGAUAAAGGUGAAAGAGGACCACCCGGACCUGUUAGUGUAGCAGAUCAAAACGCACAAAUAAUAACGUUGAAGGGUGAAAAGGGUGACAUUGGAAAACGUGGUAGAAGAGGUAAAAUUGGUCCAAUGGGGCCACCUGGAAAAUCCGGUGAUAUCGGACCUACUAACGGAAAGGGUCGUCAAGGACCGCCAGGACUUCCAGGAUUAAAGGGUGACAAGGGAGAUUCCGCUUUCGACGCUUUAAAAGGUGAAAAAGGCGAUCGUUGCGAACCCGGUAAUCCGGGAUUACCAGGACGAGAUGGAUCGCCCGGUCCUCCAGGACUUCCGGGAACUCCUGGACCCCCCGGUCAACCCGGACUUUCCAUAACCGGACCUAAGGGAGAACCAGGAAUUCCUGCCUAUGGAGAUAGCUUAUUUCAAUAUAACCGCCCAGGAUCUAAAGGAACAUUUGAAGAAUUGAAAGCUCUUAAAGAGUUAAAAGAGCUAAAAUUAGGAAGAGGAACAACUCACACUCCCAUUUUCAAGGAAUCUUCAGAUAUAUCAUCGAGAAUCGUUCCCGGGGCUGUAACUUUCCAAAAUACCGAUUCAAUGACGAAAAUGUCUAUGGCAAGUCCCGUGGGAACUUUAGCUUAUGUUAUUGAGGAACAAGCGUUAUUGGUUCGAGUAAAUGGAGGGUGGCAAUACAUAGCUCUGGGAUCUUUGUUGCCCAUUACAACUCCAGCUCCGCCAACAACAAUAGCUCCUCAAAUAAGACCACCAUUAGAAGCAAGCAAUCUUAUUAAUCAUAUUCAUAAACCGCCAGAAGUACCAAAUUGGUUCCCAAAAAUGCUACGUUUAGCAUCUUUAAAUGAAGCUUAUACCGGAGACAUAGGUGGCGUAAGUGGAGCAGAUUCGAAAUGUUUCCGUGAAGCUCGUCGGGCUGGUAUUAAAGGAACAUUUAGAGCAUUGCUUUCAUCGAGAGUACAGAACGUGGAUUCAAUCGUAAGACCGUCGGACAGGAAGUUACGCGUUUCGAAUUUGAGGGGUGAAGUACUGUUCAAUUCGUGGUUAGACAUGUUCAAAGGCGAUGGGGCGCCUUUCUCACACCCACCAAGAAUCUAUUCCUUUAACGGAAAAAAUGUCUUAACGGAUAUGACCUGGCCUACAAAAUCGAUAUGGCAUGGAGCUUUGGUCAAUGGUGAGAGAGCUUUGGACAAUUCCUGUGACGCUUGGAACGCAGGAUCCAGGGAUAAAUUCGGACUUGCAGGAUCAUUGAAAGGACUGAAGCUAUUGGAGCAAUCGGUAGUUUCAUGUAAUACGAAGCUGAUCGUCCUUUGUAUAGAAGCUAUUAGUGAACCGGUUGUAAGAAGAAAAAGGGAUAGAAAUAGCGUUGAUCAAAGUUUCGAUGAAAAAGAAGAAAUGACUGAAAAUGAAUACUUGGAUUUCUUAGAAACCAUUCAAUAAAUUUAAUAAUAACCGGA